AAGUACAUCUGCAGUAUUUCCUGCGUGUUUUCCUGCCCCUGCUGUCCAACUUGCCGCUUCUCUCCUGUGUGAGUAGCCUUGCUCCAGGGCGAAACGGCAGAAAAGCCUCUCCUAUAAUGCGGGGCGUGAGGCGCUCCGAGCAGUGAUCCGAGGGGCUCCAGGGUGAGGAGGAGGAGGUGUUUUCAUACCGCUCCCAGCCUGUCUCUGCUGGCACCGGCCAGAUAGAACCAUGUCGAACCGAAAGCACCGGGAUAACCAGGAGAUCUGCUCCCGCAAGGUUCGGGAGCUGGCCCAGUCUGGGGUAAACAAACACUGCUUCGAGUGCAACCAGCCCGGAGUGACAUACACCGACAUCACGGUGGGCACCUUCGUCUGCACGUCGUGCUCCGGAAUGCUGAGAGGCCUCAACCCUCCCCACAGAGUCAAAUCCAUCUCCAUGACAACGUUCUCCCAACAGGAAGUGGAAUUUCUGCAGAAUCAUGGCAAUGAGGUUGGUCGAAGAACCUGGCUGUGUGUAUUUGACCCAAAGGCCGACGGCUGCCCCGACCUGAAGGAUCCUCAGAAGUUUAAAGAGUUUCUUCAGGAUAAAUAUGAGAAGAAAAAAUGGCAUUUUUCUAAAAGCAAGAACCGUAGGGACAUGGAGGGUCCCUGGAGUCCCGGCAUUCAAGCUGUGCCCUCUUCCCAUGGUCCGUUAUUGAGCCAGGGCCCCUCUCAUAAUUUGCCACCUAAUGCCAGAUCUACAAGGCCACUGUCUCAGUCCCAGCUGCCAUCAUGGGAUCGAGCUCCUACCAUCUCGCCCGCUGACAUCCGGAUAGACGCGUUCACAGCCAGACCUUCGCGCUCUCAGAGCUUUCGAGACCCCCCUCUAAAAGAUCCCACACUGUGCGGCAUAGAAAGACAGCGACCAGGCUCCCUGUCGUCAGCAAUGGGAGGUCAGAGCCACUGCCCCUCAUUCCCCGCCCUCCCACGUCCAUCAGCCAGUAGCUCGUUCAAAAACCACUUCACUUUAGGUCGUACAGUUUCAGUCUCAGGGGUCACAGGACCCUUCAGAGCCUUCCCAAAGUCUCUAAGCGUGGAUUUUGGAGGUCUAAACCAUCCCCAACAACAAUCCCUUCCCCAGUCUCUGUCCCAGCCACAGCAGCAGCAGCAGCAGCCAGUCAGUGUCAGCCAGACAACGCCACCAAUCAGCAUUUCCAGCAACCAGGACAAGUAUGCUGCCGUGUUGCAGCUGGACAAUGUCUUUUCAGAAACGACUUCAGCUGCAGCUCCACCUAGUGGCCCUCCGCAGUACAGCUCUAUCUUUGGCAGCAGGCUCUCGUCCAGCUCCACUCCAGCCAGCUCCCCUGGAGUCGAUGCCGUUUCCAACUCCCAAACUUUUGGAAAUUUCCCCAACCCAUUCAGCUCCUGCUCCGGGUCGGCUUCCCAGCAGCCUGUUGCCCUCUCCCCCAGUAACCCCUUCAGUACCGCCUCAGGAGGUGACUCCAGUGCGUUCGUCACUUCGCCCACAUCCGUUUUCCCUCCAUCCGCUUCCUUCCCGGCUCCCUCCACCCAGAAUGCAUUUCACCACGAGUCAGCCACCAAUCAAGAAACCAACGGUUUUGCCUCAUUCCCCGAGCCUGACUCUCUGCCCAAAGUCCAUCGGCCCAUGUCUGUGAACCCUUUCACGGGGAAUGUGUACCCCAGUCGCGGGACGUCGAAAAAUCCUUUCAUCUGACCCCCCCGUCUCUUCUCCACCUCCUCCUUUGACGCAUCUCCUCACUUCUCUGGGAACCAAGGGAGGAGUGAACUUGAGGAGCUGCUGCCACUUCAAAGCCUCUGGAGUAUUUUCACCUUGUUAGGGAAGAUUGGACCAUCCUCUAUCCCUCCCUCCCUGCCUCUUUUUCACCUCUGUGUCAGUGUUUACGUGUUUGUGGGGGAAAGAAAAAUAACAGAAAAACGUCUGAAUGUAGUAAUGAAACUGUACGUGUGUGUGCAAAUGUGUGUUUCAUAGAGUGUUUUUCUGUCACAGUAGACGCCACCUCAGGGCUCUGUGGGAGUCACGAGUGAACAAUGCCUCUAUAAUUUUGCCCACGAACUAUAUCAGACACACACAUGUUGCUGCUGCUGCUGCUAUUGUGCUUUCAUCUCCUGCUUAUAGGUGCAACAAAAAAAUAAAUAAAUAAGGAAAGAAACACACACCAUGCAAAAACAGCCCACCGGUAAGGACAUCCUCUGCUUUAAAACCUCUUAUGCUCAGCUGGUGAGACAGAGACUUGUCAUCGCAAGUCCCUGAAAAUAAUUUUUAACAGCCUCCUGAUGCAUGUGAAUUAGCGACUCAAGAUAAGACGAGAGUGUGUGUGCGUGUGUGUGGAACAUGUUUGCAUUUAUCACUGUUUUUUUUAUUUUUGGUCAGAUUAUCGAUCAGUGAUGAUCAGUGUUCUUCACUCUCAGGCUGCAUGCGCUUAUAGGGCUAAAAGGAGAUGCUACUGAAUGUAAAAGCAAAUUUCAGAGACAAAAAAAGAUAUACAAUAUGUCUAAAAACUUCACAGCUUCAUGUACUGGACCAAAAUGCUUUUCUUUCUUUUUAAUUGAGGCAAAGGUUAUUUCUUUAAUUUUGCCAAAAAGAAGAGUUUCAUGUAUUAACCUCUUUGUAAUGACAAGUAUUCAUGUUCAUAAAAUCAACUUCUUAAUAUA